ACUGAACGGAGCUGCGAGGAAGGUGUGCGGUCAACUGUCCUUUGUCGCCUCAAUUGUCUUCAGUUGCAUUGGGACUCAAAUGCUUAAAGAAUACUCCAUCCAUCCGAUGCUCCAUUUAAUAGGUUAUGCGAUGGCAGUGUUUUUAGUGUGCCAAAAUGGGCAAAAGAUCCGAGACCAAACUUACGAUAUUCAGGACGCUGUCUACAAAGCCAGAUGGUACGACAAUAUCACGUCAACUACCAAAGACUCGCAGCUUAUUAUGUUGCGAUGCCAAAAGCCACUUUGCAUGGAUGCCAUUCCUUUUGGAAUCUUCAAUUUCAGCCUUCUGCUAGUGAUUAUUAAAACAUCGUAUUCCUACCUUACUCUGAUCAAUAAGACAUCCUAGAUUGAUAGGAGUGCAGCAAAUUCGCUUGAUAGUAAAAGCUGCUCCUAAUACCUGUUCAGAAUAGCUCACAAUGUGACUUGAGGAACAAGCUGACUAGGGAAAGCACAGUUUUCAGUAAAUAUAUGCACCGAACUUGAGCAGCAACCUUUCUACAUCCAUUAUCAACUCAGUUAUUUGCAACUUAAUAGAACCAGCACAGUACUUUGUUAUAUUUUCUCUUAAUAAAUUUAAGUUAUGACUA